AUGGUCGAUACUCGUGCGUACACAGUCGAUGCGCAGCUGUCUGCUGCAGCAGACGACUCGCAAUCACAUCGAAGACGCCAAUCGUACAUGCACGGUCUAUUGCUCUUGCUCAUCGUCGUCUUCCUCUGGACCGCUUCGAAUUUCCUCACAAACGCUCUGCUCACCACGGGCGGAUACGACAAGCCGUUUUUCGUGACGUACGCAAACACGUCGUCGUUCGCGCUGUAUCUGGUGCCAUAUCUGGUCAGCAGCAGGUUACGCAAGAGAUGGAGCAAUGCAGCCGCCAACCCACACACAUACACCAGCCUCCCGCAGCACGAUGUCGAAGCCGACGCAGAUCAAUCCGAGCAUCACAUCCAGGACGACAAGGACGAGUUGCCCAAGUGGCUCAAGACGCUCGGUUUCGACGUGCCUACCGUCACACCAGAUCAAAGUGUAGCAGCAGCAUCGACAGCAGCAGUAGUAGUCACACCAACUGUCAAGCCGUUUGCUCUCUUGGCCGAGGACCAACAGCAACAGCAACAGCAACAGCAACAGCAACCACGUGGGCGAGGAGGCAAAAAAGCGUCUUGCACCAACCUCAAUCACAAGCCGAUCCGGCUCACCAGGUCGUUCUCGCAUUGCCAGCAGCAGCAGUACCAGCAAGAUGAUUCUUCGACAGCAUCGACGCCGCUACUUGCACCAACACCGCCCGUGUCACGGCCAAGCUCGCCCGUGCGCCCGUUUCUGGUUUCCACGUCGGUGCCGCGUCCAUCUUCGAUCGAUGGCAGAAGGCCACGUACUUCGAUCAGCAUCGUUCGCGCCGCGGAUGGCAACGCUUCGGCGAUACCGGCUGUGCCCGUUGCAGCGUUGCCGCUGCCGCCGCUGACGUUGAGGGAGACGGCGAUCCUCGCGUCGCAGUUUACGCUGGUGUGGUUUGGUGCCAACUGGGCGAUUAAUGCGGGCUUGGGGUUGACGUCUGUGGCUAGUGGUACGACGAUCGGAUCGGCCAGUGGCUUUUUCACGCUCGCUUUGGGAGCAGCGUUGGGUGUGGACAGGUUCACUUUGGCGCGCUUAGGCGCGGUGUGCAUUUCGGCGUUGGGCGUUGCCGCGGUGACGUUUGCGGAUCGAGAUAGCGCCACCUCGACCAUCACGGUCUCGUCGGAAGCGAUCCUGGAUGGGUUGUGGAGACGAUCCUGGACGUCGACGAGCGCUGCGAGUAUGCACAGCUUUGUCAGUAAACCACCAAACGCACCGUUGGGCGAUAUGCUGGCGCUUCUCUCGGCGUUGCUCUACUCGCUGUAUGUGAUGCUGCUGAAAACGCGCAUCGGCUCGGAAGACCGCAUCUCGAUGCCGCUCAUGUUCGGUAUGGUGGGUGCGAUCAACAUUGUCUGUCUGUGGCCCAUGUUGCCGCUGCUCCACUUUGCGCGCAUUGAAAGCUUCUCGCUUCCGCCGUCGCCCUCAAUCUGGGCCGGUGUCGUGCUCAACAUGUGCAUCACUCUGGUCAGUGAUUUCAUCUAUCUGUUGGCCAUGUUGAAGAGUUCGCCGUUGAUCACCACGUUGGGCUUGUCUUUGACCAUUCCGUUGGCCGUGGUCAUUGAUGCGCUCAAGGGCAGCCAUACCGGCGGGGUCGUUGCCGUUGUUGGCUCGACGGCUGUACUGAGUAGCUUUGGCUUUAUCGGUUGGGACGAUCAUCGUUUGUUUCAACAGGAGAGCGCCAAGGCGUUGGCGACCGCAGCAGCGUCCGCAGAGCUGGGCGAGCAACACCACGCUCCGCAUGAGCACCAUGCUCAUUGCCACAUGAACCGUGUCCAUCCACCCUCAAUCCCACCGCGAACACCCACCACUUCGUCCGCCAUCACCGUGGUCUCUGACUAA